UGCCUCCAGGGCGGCGCUGCGUGAAGGCAAGCGAAGCCUCGCCAUUCCGGGCUGGGUUGAAGCCGUUUUGAAGCUGGUAAGGUACUGCGAAGUAAUCAUGCAUUAGUUGUAAUUUCUUUAUUUACCAAGUUUAGGAAAUUAGUGACUGAAAUGGAGAAAUUCAUUAAAGCAGUGAAAAGUUAUCCUUGUCUGUGGGACAUGUCCCACCCAGCCUACAAAGAUUUUGAGGUGAUGGACAAAGCUUGGGCCAAAAUAGCUUCUGCGACGGAUUACCCUGACGCAAAAUCGGCCAAAAUUCAAUGGAAAAAGUUGCGGGAUAACUUUCGCGAAGCCCUGAAAAGACAGAAGGAUUCAAAAUACAUCGGAAGAACAUGGCGCUACCAAAAACAAAUGGAAUUCCUCAUUCCAUUCAUGCAAAGUAAAAACCAAGAUUUAAGUUUGGACGCUGACAAAACCUCAUUCUCUGAAAGCAGUGACACGAAUCAAAACACUGAGGACAAGAAACCAAGUUUUACUGUAAGUUUGGAUGAGGACGCCAAUGAUUCUGGAUCCUCUUUCCACAAGAAGAGGAAAACAAUUGACGAUCAAAAGGAGGAUAAGGAAUUUAGUAGAUCUGCAAUAACUCCUGGAAAUGCGCUGUUAGACUUUUUUUCUAGUAUGUACAAUACAACGGAAGAGCUGCCCCUACAGUUACAGUUGCAAGUGAAGAGGAAGAUCUUUGAUGUCGUAGCAGAGGCCGAAGAAACUGCUUUGAUGAUGCAGCAACAGCAACAGGAAUAUGAUGCCCAAUAUUUUCUGUCUUAAAUAUUUGGGAUAGUGGAACUUGCGCUCAGUCGCAUUUGCUCUCACUCAUUCACUAGCGCUACCUAUGCUCUCUUCGUAGGUUUAUUGGAGCUUAAUUACCUUUGGCAGGGAAAACUUGGCGAGCAUUUAGAGGAAUUAUAGAGAAUACCUAUUUCUCGUUCUAAUAAGAGAUAAUUGAUCGUUGAGGGUUAUUUCUCAUGGAAUAAUAACCUUUCCCCAAGUGAAACUAAUUACCCUUCUUAGAGGAAGCGAGCAACAUCUUAGAAAUUUUACCUCUUUCUUUGUUGUUCAGUGCUUUUUUUUUUCUCCGUUGCGUUGACAUGAUUUUAAAUAUGAAUUAUUAUCAUGUGUUGUUCGUUGUCAAUCCGCCAAAACUUAUAUAUAAGAUAAACUUCAUAAUAUGGUAGCCAUUUUCAUGUUUGAGUGCAAAUGACGUCAUUUAAUGGGUGAGCGCAAAUGCGACUGAGAGCAAGUGACACACAACCGAAUAUUCUGAGCUUUUUUUUUUUUUUUUAAU